GAACGCACGUGCGUUCCAAAUUGCCAGGCGGUCAACAUGGGGAAGCUGAAUGUGGUGCUGCUCCGGUACUUGUCCAGAGAUGACUUCAGAGUGCUUACCGCGGUUGAAAUGGGCAUGAGGAACCAUGAGAUUGUGCCGGCCAGUUUAAUUGCCUCAAUAGCCAGUCUGAAACAUGGCGGCUGCAACAAAAUCUUGCGAGAGCUUGUAAAGCAUAAACUUGUUGCAUAUGAACGUACAAAGACUGUUCAGGGCUACCGGCUAAUUUACGGUGGAUAUGACUACCUGGCGCUAAAGACUCUUUCAUCUCGAGACGUCGUCACUUCAGUUGGUAACCAGAUGGGUGUUGGUAAAGAGUCAGAUAUCUACAUUGUUGCAAAUGAAGAGGAGAAACAGAUGGCAUUAAAACUUCACCGACUGGGAAGAACAUCUUUUCGUAACCUUAAAAACAAGCGCGACUAUCACAAGCACAGAUGCAAGAUGUCAUGGCUCUACCUGUCUCGUCUGGCGGCUAUGAAGGAGUUUGCAUACAUGAAGGCCUUGCAUGACCGAGGGUUCCCUGUUCCCAAACCCUAUGACUACAACAGACAUGCCAUAGUAAUGGAGCUCAUUAAUGGCUACCCCUUGUGCCAGGUCCGUCAACUUGAAGAUCCAGCAGCCUUGUACAAUGAAUUAAUGGAACUGAUCAUCAAGCUUGCCAAUCACGGUCUGAUCCACGGUGACUUCAACGAGUUUAAUGUAAUGGUGGAUGACGAGGACCACGUCACCAUGAUUGAUUUCCCACAAAUGGUGUCUACAUCUCACGCAAAUGCCGAAUGGUAUUUUGACAGAGAUGUGAAAUGUAUUCGAGAUUUCUUCAUAAAACGCUACAACUAUGAAAGUGAACUUUUCCCCACCUUCCGUGACGUCCAGAAAGAGUGCUCUCUUGAUGUCGAAAUUGCGGUUAGUGGCUACACCAAAGAAAUGCAGGAGGAUGAUGAGCUCUUACAGCCGACUGGUCCCGACGAUGUCGAGGAGGGAGAUGAUGAGACGGUCUGUACUCCGCCUAAUGGAGACUAUGAGCAGGACACUAACACCAUUGAAGAUACAAGAGUAUUAGAAGCCACCGACAGAGUUCAUCCUGAAGGCUCUGAAACCAAACCCAGCAGUGACAAUUGUGGACGCAGCUUAGACAUGGCAGAAUUCAAUAAAGCUUUAGACGAACUAGAAGGAAGGGCUGUUGAAAAGAAUGACAAGAAAACCACUGAACUCUCUGUAGCUGGAGAAGAUGAACGUGACAGUUUGGGAAAUGAAAAGCUAAGCUUAGAUGAAGAUGUUGGAAGCCUAGGAAGUGAUGAGCUUGAGGAUUAUGAAGAUGAAUGUCCUGACCUGGUGGGUCUGUCUGGGGCAAACAAAGAAUACAGACCAUUCAGAGAUGAAGACAGUUUACAACAUAUUAAUCAGCACCGCACAAGAACCACAAGUGUAACCUCUAUGGCUACUGUCAGCAGCUGCUCUACAAUCCCACCAGAGCUGGUGAAGCAGAAGGUGAAGAGGCAGCUGACAAAGGAGCAGAAAUCUGCCAUCAGAAGACGACUGCAAAAGGGAGAAGCAAAUGUGUGCACAAAGCAGCGCAGAGAGAACAUGUUCAACAUUAAAUGUAGCGUCGAUGCUGCCAGCUUCUGGGGAUAGAUGGCCUUGCCUUUCACAUGUUAUGAAAUAUCGAUAUGUCUUUUUAACACUUAAAGUUAAUGGAUAUAGUUCUUAAACCUGGAUUUCCUCUU